AGUUAUCCCAGCUUCUGGGAUAGAUUUUGUAACCUCCUAUUAUCCCCCUUCUUACUUUCAACCAAGAGAUAUUAACCCGUCUAUUUUCUUUUUCUGUGUAUGUUAAUAAGCCUCGAUAGAAAUAAAAUUAAUUUCUGUUGUCUACUUAUCACCUUCAAUCUCAUCAUCUGUCAAGAUGUCCUCCGGUGACAUCACUUAUACGCAUGGUAAAGCUGGCCAACCAGCUAACCUGCGCAGAGAGGGAGUCAACUCCUUGAUCGAGAUCCCAGGCAACGAUGAGGCCUUCGAAGGCGCUGUCUACUACAAGUCUCAGGGGAAGAAGAUAGCCAUUACAAGCGUCCGACAGUUCUACAUGGACGUGAAGACCAAACGCAUUUCCUUGUCGAAAAAUUCGAUCUUCGAAGCAGCCUUGGCAAGCAAUGGAAAAGUUGUGGUAUCAAUCUAUUGUUAUGAAGACUGUGUUGAUUUUUAGAAGAGCUUCGUCGAUUAUGCCUGUUGUUCUACGAUGACUCCUGUUGGGUAAUUCAGGUGGGCGUGUGUCUCUUAAAGACCGCGUCUCAGGGUUGUUGAUCUUCUUAAAAGAGACAAAGCAACAACAACCUCUCCAAUCUCUAUCUCAAUCUAGACUUGCCUAAUUAAACUAGCAUACCCUCUCAAGGGUAUUCUGAAUCUUAUUACCCCACCACGAAUGGGUAUUGUACGGUACAUCACUACUUCCAUUUCUACAACUACAGCGCGCCGAAUUGGACACGAUCCACCCUGCUUGCGAACUCUGUGAUCGCGGAAAGGACUGCUGGGUGCAAUUGGCUCAUGGCUCCAAGUACGAAUAUGUCGCUGGUGAAUGCAAGGAGCUGAGAACCGCUGACCAAGCCGCUGCUGAUAUGGGCAACGUGAACAACACGAACCGCGGAAGGAACCAAGGAAGCGUUUCCGAAUCCGGUCCAGAGAACUACGUCUAUUUCGACGAAGUCUACCUCUUAGAUGGGCAACGUCGUAGCAAAGCUUUACCUGCAACUUCCGGUUGGUACCCAGCGCGCCGCGUCUUUCGCCGCGUCACCCUUCUGGACAUGCUGCAGCGCGAGACCAAGAUGUGCCCUCUCACCAGGAUCCUAAUGGAAGCGCCAAACACCGACUUGAACGGCUACAGCAAGCACACUGGCCCGAUCUUCUACACCAAGGAUCCGAUGCCGCACUUGUUGAAGGUUCAGAAACAAGUCAGGGAGAUCAUGAGGGGUUUGAUUCCGCAUGACAGCAUCAUGGCGGAAGGUGAGGCAGAGGAGAUCCUUGCUGAGGCUGGAUGCGAUGACGAGGGAACGGAGGUGCAGGAAAACGACAUUGGGUACUACGAGAAUCUGCAUGCCGGUCGACGCGUGACUCAAAAAGUGUUGUACGACGAAGUCUCCAAGCAGCAUCAGCACGGUCAUGCUGAAGAGGUCUCUCUGCGCAACGUGCACAAAGUCAAGGCAAAGGACGAGACCGUGCGAUCGACGCUGAUGCAGCACAAGAAAGAGAUGCACGCUCAUGUGCAUCGCAGACACGAAGCCUCUGGUGCUGGAGGGGGCGAGGAUGAAGCUGAUGAUGAAGAUGAUGCUGAGCGCAGGGCUUCUGUCGCGGCUGCUGCCCCUGACGAGGUUGCGCCUGGGCAGAUUGUGGUCGACGUGGCUGGUGAAGGUGAGCACAGCGUAGAACUGCCGACCGUCUCCGAAUGUGAAGACGAGGAGAACUCUCACUCUACCUAUCUUUCUGCUAAUUCCGCUUUCGUGGACCGCAGUUUCAUGGAGGGUUCCCACUUUGCUGAACGCGAGUCCUUCACCGAAGGCGAUGCACGCAAGGAAGCUCUCCUCUUCUCCGCCAUCGUCGCGAAGCAGCACUACAAAGCUAAGAGCCGUCAAGCUCAGAUGGAUGCUCAGCGUCAAGUCGCCGACUCUCGUGCCAUUGACCAAGUCACCAAAGCAUUGCAUGUCACUUCCAAUGAGGUUAAACAACUGGUUUACGAAGGAGAGGCAGGCAUGUUCAUCGAUCUCACUUUUGAUGCCGGUUAUGACACUCGUGUGGUUUGCUCCGACUGUGAUCCGGAUGGCGACAACGGGUAUUCGCGCGUCGCUGCCGCCACUGAGUGGCGCCGACCGUGGGUGGGCGCCAAUGCGAAAUACGGAGAGUUCGAGGAAUUCCUGAUCGCGCCAGAUGGAGUGCACGAGACCGAUAUCCGACAACACAAUGUUGGGGAUUGCUGGCUCACGUCGAUCCUGGCCGCUGCGUCUUACCGCGAAGACCCUCAUUUCGUGAUGCGCACGGUCACCCACGCACCGGAAUACGGCAUCUUCACGUUCAAGAUCACGGUCGAGGGUCAAACACGUUGGCUGUUACUCGACGAUCGCAUUCCCGUCGAGAAAGGAAACAUGUCGAACCCGAAAUUCGUUUCCUCCGCAACGCAGGGUGAAUUGUGGCCGGUUCUGGUCGAAAAGGCCUUCGCCAAGUGGGCCGGUUGCUACCAGAACCUUCGUGGCGGCAUGCAGAACAUCAUCACGCCUAUCGGGAGUACGAAGGCUAUGGAAGCUCUCACUUCUGGCAGCGAGAUCUAUGAAGUCGAAACGAGCAAGCGCCACUUCAAUCCCAACAACCAGAUCAUCGAACCGCAGUUAACCAUUCCUUAAGGCUCGUCCGAAUUACAUCCGCAGACUAUCACCCUUGGCCAUCUAAAUCUAUCUAGAAGUACGUUUCUUCCGAAUUACUACAUCCGGAGACUACCAUCCGACCUUGGCUAAGUAUUUAUCUUCUAUCCGCACUACCAUGAUCCUUGGCUAUCUAAAUCUAUCUCGUACUAGAAAAAUAAAUCAUCUAUCUUUUCCAUUAGAAAAGAAGCCAGCGAUGUGGUGAGGAAUGUAAUUCCGUAACAAGAACUUCUAAAUUUCGAUGCUGUUGGACUUCCGCAGACGGAACUUUUUGAUGACAACUUCCGGCUGCGACGGCAAAGACGGCUUGAUCCCUGGACACGUCUUCUCGGUCUUGGACGUGUUGGAAAUCCCCCUGGCCGAUGGAAAGAGACAAUACCAGAGGUUUUUGCAGGAAUUCGCCUCUCAACCAGUCACGCAAGACGAACGGGAAUCCGAAAAAGUCCUGCAUCUAGGUACCUACCUCUAUUUUUGCUGAUGUGAUGUAGUUUUGCUCCUUUUCUUUUUAGAGCAGCUAUAGUAGACAAGUUUAAUAUCAUACAAAGAAAUAGAAUUUACUUCAGCUAAGAGGAACUGCAUGUACUACGUUUUCACCCUUACGCAGCUAAGCAGGUACUACGUUUUCACCCUUACGCAGCUAAGCAGGUAGAAGCAUAGAUAUUGAACAAGAAACUGGCACGAUCACAAACGAGUCUCAACAACUAGAUUUCGCAGCGGAAAAAAGAUACAAGGUUGUGGGUGCAGCAGGUCGGUUUUUUUGUAGGAAAGUAUCGGUAAAAAAGCACCACAGCAAGAUCCACCACCCUGCAGUGCUUAGCUAGUAGUUCUAGAAACACAAAGACAAACUAGACGGCAAUAUCAAUCUUAGUCAAUGUCCUUUUUUCUAGUGGUGUUAUUUGAACUUAGUGGAUCAACAUCUUUCAAGACACGCAAGAAAAAGUGAUCCCGCCAAACUCUAGAAUGGGAAAGAUCACCACGAAAGAUCCCGGGCUAGUAGAGCAAUUCCAAGGGCAUGAUGAAGGUUGACACCUUCACUCAAGUUUUUAUAUUAGCCGAUAAUCGGUUUUGAGAGACACGUUGUCGAGCCACUAACAGAGAAGCAAUCACGCUUCCCCUCGCCGAUUCUGUCAGGAUCAGAAAAUGCCAAACCUCCGUGAUCUUCAUGUCUAAUCAAACAGCUAUGAUCCACCAACCCUGACCUCAAUCUUAUUCUCCCACCCUUUCCUCUGAACUACAUCACUCCCAGUGAACGAAACUGGCGUCGCUGUCCGCUUUCGCCACUACUCGGAAGAAGCUCCGACCAAAUGGCGCGGCACCGUUCUCCAGAGAACUAUGAAGAGCUACGACUUCAAGCUCGAAGGUAACCACGGCAAGCUCAAAUGGUGCUACGAGACGCCAGACAGCGCCAAGAACUUCCAACCCGAAGAAAUUUUAGCGGUGAGAAAUGGAGACACCAUCAGUUUCAAACAGCCAAAUCAAGUCCAGGGAUCGCAAGUGCGCAAGAAAGCAGGACAUGCGGAAACAGCAAAAGUGUACGAGAAAUGCCCAGCAGGACAAAUGUGGCUCACGAAACCAUCGAGUAAUGUUUAUUGAUAUUAUUGAUAUUUUUUCGCGGUUGGAAAAGUAAUCAUGCUACCUCUACCUCUACGUCUACAGCCGCCCACUAACUAGUACUCAUCGAUUGAGGUUCCUCGUGAUGAAAAGAACGAACAAUGACCAAAAUUGCAAAAUCAUAUAAAUAUCAUCAAAUCGAACUGCCCACACCAGAAACGAUCAAGUUUAUGAAGAUACGAAACCCAUGGGGUCAUGGUGAAUGGACAGGACUCUGGGCUGACGCGAGUCCAGUGUGGCAGUGGUAUCCGGAGUUGGCCAAGCAGCUACAGUACCUUAGUUUUUGGAUUUCGAAAUUCUUGUUAACAAUAAAAAAAUGUUUCAUCAUUUCCGGUUCUUUUCUUCAUCGAUUUCGAUCUUCAUCUUUCUUCUUCUACACCACCACCACCACCACCACCACCACCAUAGAUACUCAUCAUCACUCAUCACAACACCAGUUUUGUAAAAUCCGACGACGGUGUGUUUUUUAUGCAGUGGGAGGACUUUGAUUGGGCUUUUGGCGCUUCAACGGUUUGCGGUCAUGUCGAAGGAAGUCCUCUCGCUAUGUGGACUUACGAGCAUCGUAAGGACUACCAGAAGAGUGCUGCCAAGCGGUCAGAUUUGUCCUACAGCCGUAGUCACUUCGCUUCGCAUAGAAUGGCCAAAGAAGACGAAGCAGUGGAGGGAGAUUUUAUCGCUGGAGACACCUCAAAAACCGAGUGGAAGCCAACGGAAGCAGACUACGCUAGGGCACUGGAGGCGUCUGAAGAAAGUGCCACGAUGCCAGCUGCACCUAAGAAAGGUGGCAACGGAGAACAGGGGAAGUGUGGAUGCACUAUCAUGUAAAACCUGUACAGGGGACAUUAUGUUGAACAAGAAGAGAUAAUUGGGAUGAAGUAGAAGAUGUGAGAGGUCCCAUCAACAUACGAGUUGUACUAGAGGGACCCCCAAUUUUUUGUUCGACUUCGAGCAGAAUAGAGCUUGCUUAGAAGCUCCAUCUCGUUCUUCCAACCGUUCGUAUUAGCACGACCACCUGCAAUCUAGAUGUUGUCAUCUUCUGUAAUUUCUAAUUCAUAUUAACAUACUUGAGUUCGACGAACAAACAAUGUUCAAUUCUAUUCCAUACUUUGCAUCAAGGGCGUCUACCUAGUACGUCUACUUUUGAAGGAGCUAAACUGUGGAACAACACCAAUCUUAGAUACGCAUAGGAAAUUAAAGGGUAGAAGUAAUUAUAUUUCAAAAUUGUUUGUGCAGAAAAGUGAAUACGACAGGAGUUUUGGAUGAAGAAGUAAAAGAAGAACGAUCAAGAUCAAAACGCACAGGGAAUCACGAUGGAACAUUUCCAAAGAAAAAAUGCAAAAAGCAAUCGAGUUGUCGAUCAGGAUCAAAACGAGCAAAAUGAAAUGAAUGAGAAUCUUAAAUGGUAUUUCGAAGCGACGCAAAUGACAAUAUCCAAAGGUCGCAAACCUAGACAGCCAAGAUUUCAAUGCAGCAAAGGCCUGUGAAAUAUUAGCGCCGUUUUGAUCAGUUUAUUUUCAUAAUGUAUAGAAAGCACCAUGAUAUGAAGAUUGUUGUGUCGAAAUAGAUUUAGAUUGUACAAGUAUAUUUUAUAAGUAAAUUAUAGUUGUACUAUGCAUAGAAGAAGACGGGACGAGGUACUACCACGACUCGUAUAAUUCAUUUUCAAGUAGACUACACAGCUUGUGCUUGUCAAGCACAGCAAGCUCAAGUGGAUGCUUCUCCACCACAAUAUCUUGCUAAGAAAAGCAAAGAAACAAGAACAACAUUUCAAUUUGUGGAAAUACAACAAUACCGAAUGAGUCAUAUUUAUUUGCAGUGGUCCAACAUAUUGAUAUUCUUCCUUGGGAUCUACCGAAACAAAAAAUACAAAGAGCAGUAUAAUCUUGCCCACGACGAGGAUCUUCACAACUCUCAAGAGUUCUUUUGAUGUGACUGCUCAUUUGUUCUUGUUCGACGUUCUCUCGUUGCCGCCGGAUCUAAGAACGACGUGCUUAUGCGUUGUUGAGAACACAUGAUGGUGAUUUCUUCUCAACAAC